AUGGACAUUCAGUAUGCGUUCAUCAUGAUGAUGGUGGCGGUCUUGGUGAUUGUAGUCGUGGCAUCCCAUUUCUCCAAAAACUGGUGCCCCCUCGACGGAAUGGGAGAGCAUGGACUGCACAGAACGCGUGGGAACUCGGAAUUUAUGCCGGGAUUGCAGCGCGCCGACAUUGAAGAGCUGUUGAGCGAUGCAAAUCGAUGGGAAUGCGCUAUUUGUGCCUUCAGCAACAUCGCGACAAAACCUACAUGUAGUCUGUGUGGCGGGCUCCAAGAAUCGACCUAUCUCGAGCAUACACUGGAGGAGGUCGAUUACACGUUGCUGAGCGAUCGUCCGCGACCCCGCAGCUACCGCGACGCAUUUACACCUCAAUCGUCAUCUCGAUCGUCUCUCUCGAUGCGGGGAAGCAAAGGCAAGAUGACUUUGGUCCAGACGUUCCACCGCAUGUCGUCGUUUUCCUUCCACAAGCUCGUCGAGCCGGGCGAGCUGACCUCACGUCAACGUAGCGCACGCAUGCGCAAAGAAUGGGUGCGGAAGCUCGACACAAAGGAACGACCGUACUGGAAACGGCGAAUCCUCGACGCGACGCGGGUCGUUCCGGCGUUCAUGGUGCAGAUCAUGUGGUCUACCGAUCGAUUUCACGCACUUGAAUUUAUCCAUCGCCAUUGGAACUACUCGACCGUCUUGGGCACCUUGGACGAGGAAGACACGAUUGUCGUCCUCGAAGAUGGACAUCCUCCUCCCCACAUGGACGACAUGGCCAUGCUGCACGACGGCGACGACGAAGUGAAGCACAUUGUAUAUCUUCCCGUUGAAGCAGUGCACGCGAACCGCACGAUCCUCGGUGACGCUGUCAUGCCGUCCUUGUGGAAGCAUCUCCAUCAACUGUCCCGCCUUCCGUUCUCGUUCAAGUACAAGUGGUACCUUCAUCAAGCAAGCACCCUCAUGCAACCAUAUGACAAGGGCCAUUGCAAGAUGAAGGUCGCACGCGACUGUGUGUUUGAGGAAGCUGUCGAAAACAUCGUGCAUCUCAAGCAACACUCGCUCUGUUCGAUCAUUCGCAUGCAGUUCACGGGCGAGAGCGGCUUGGACGCUGGGGCGAUUCAGCGAGAAUGGUAUCUCCUCGUGGCGCAAGGCUUCAUGGACGACGCGUCUGGGCUCUUCAUGGUGACCAAUCGCGACGACAACGCGUACUUUAUCAACCCGAAUGCCGCCUACCUCGUCGCAAAACACCGACAGACCCAACAAAGUAACGUGCCGCAUCAAAAACCCGCCAUCUCGCACACUCAAGCGUUCCUUGCUGCGGGGCGCUUCAUCGGCCGCGCAUUGCUCGACGGCCAGAUGCUCCCCUUGCACUUUUGCCCCGUCUUGUUCAAACUGCUCCUUGGCAUCCCCGUCACGCUAGAUGACGUUGAAAGCAUGGACAAGACGGUGUACUCAAGCCUGCGGUAUGUCCUCAACCACGGCAAUGUGGAAGACCUGUGCUUGACGUUCUCCGCAACCGAGCACCAAGACGACACGGUGGUCGAAGUCGAAUUGAUUGACGGCGGACGCGAUAUUGCCGUGACGGACGCCAACAAGCACACUUACGUCGACCUCAUGACCCGCUAUCUCUUGUUCGAUCGUGUCGAGGGCUCGCUCAAGGCGAUGAUUGAAGGGCUGUACGAAGUCGUGCCGCCGGAGCUUCUCAUUCCAUUUGACCACAAGGAGUUUGAAUUGAUAUUGUGUGGGCUGUCCGAUAUUGACGUGCGUGACUGGAAAGCCAACACGGUGACAUCGUCCAACUUGCAUGGAGCGACGGCGCUUGAGUGGUUCUGGGAAGUGGUCGAAGCUAUGGCCCCGGCUGACCAAGCCAAACUUUUGCAGUAUUCGACCGGCUCGUCCCGCGUCCCAGUGCAAGGUUUCAAAGGCCUGACUAGUUACGAUGGCAAGAUUUGCUACUUCACCUUGAAAGGCAUCACGUACAUACCUGGAUGUUACCCGUGUGCCCAUGCUUGCUACAAUCGCAUCGACUUGCCACUGUAUCCCAGGAAGGACUUGAUGGAAGAAGCGCUCAAGAUGCUUCUUCUCUCGGACCCCACGGGCUUCAAUAUCGAAUAG